ACAUCUCUCUUUGGCUGGAGCUGAGCGAGAAGGAAGGGCGAGGUGGACGCGCGCGCCAAGCUCGGCCGUCUCCCCCUACUUCCGGGCAGCCAAUCACUGGGGAGACGCCGGACGCGCGCACGCUCCUUCGAGUUUAACGGUCGCGAGAGGCCGCGGGCCUGACUCUGACAUUUGCAGCGGGAGUGGCUGCCAGACUCCCUUGGAAGUUUAGGAUAUUCACAGUUCUGAAUGUUAGCCACUGAAAAUGCCAGUAGACGAUGAAGCCUCUGAAGAUGACAUGGAUUCAGUUUCCUCAAACAGUCCCGGAACCUCUAUUUUCAAAUACGAGAGCAUAGCAAUUUCUGUACACUAUGGAAGAAUUUGACUUGGUGAAAACCUUACACAAAACUUCAUCUGUAGAAUCUAAUAAAAAUUCUCUUCAUUUUCUUGGACUGAACUUAAAUACUGAUAGAAGUAGUCCCCACCUUAGUACAAAUGGGGUAUCCUCUUUCUCAGGGAAGACCAGACCAUCUGUAAUUCAAGGUACAGUUGAAGUCCUAACUUCUUGAAUGCAGGAGCUACAAAACAGUGGAAAGACUGAUUCGGAACUUUGGAAAAACUGUGAGACCAGGUGGUUACAGCUAUUCAAUUUGGUGGAAAAACAAUGCCAAGAACAGAUAGUUGCCCAGCAGGAGCAGUUUCACAACCAAAUUCAACAUAUACAGGAGGAGAUAAAAAAUUUAGUCAAAUUACAGACCAGUAGUGCUUCCUGGACUUCCUGUGAUAGAAAUUCUUCAAGCAAACAAGUAUCUUCAGAAAGUCAAAUGGGUUUUUUUUCUGAAAGCAGUGAGAAAAAUGAAUCUGUUAUCAGUUAUCCUGAAUCCAAAGAACCGGAAAUGCAGCAAGAAAUGUCCACAUCACAACUAGACUGCAAUGUGGAUAGUAGCUCAGUGAGCAGUGGAUAUGGUACUUUUUGUAUCUCAGAAUUAAAUCCAUACAAAUCUCAAGACCCUAAGGAGUUCAUGGAGCACGAAGACGUUCCCAAAGGACAGUAUGUAGCACCUGUGGUGCCGGCCGAUUCACUUGUAGAUAAUGUGAAAAAUGAGAGUUUUUAUAUACAGACUCCUGAAGAGUGUUGUGCAUCUCUAAGGGAAGAUGUUUCCCUUUUUCCUGGUGAAUUUGAACAUAAUUUUCAUGGUGAAAAUAAGGUUUCUGAAGUAUACAGUGGGAAAACAAAUAGUAAAUUUAUAACAUCAUGGGCACAAAAACUGAAGCAGAACCAACCAAAGAGAGCACAUGUAGAAGAUGGAGGUUCAAGAGCUAAACAAGGAAAUGAGCAAAGCAAGAAGACACCAAUUGAGAAAUCUGAUUUUGCUGCUGCUACACAUCCUCGUGCUUUUUACCUCAGUAAAGCAGAUGAAACUCCAAAUGCUUGGAUGUCUGAUUCAGGAACAGGAUUGACUUACUGGAAACUAGAGGAAAAGGAUACAUACCACUCUUUGCCUGAAACUAUAGAGAAGACGUUUGUAUCACUGUCUUCCACAGAUGUUUCACCAAACCAGUCUAAUACUAGUAAUGAGAUGAAGCUACCAUCACUGAAGGAUAUUUAUUAUAAAAAACAAAGGGAAAACAAGCAGUUACCUGAGAGGAAUCUCACUUCUGCUUCCAACCCAAAUCAUCCACCAGAGGUCCUGACUCUAGAUCCUACGUUACACAUGAAGCCAAAGCAGCAGAUUUCAGGGAUUCAACUCCACAGCCUUCCGAAUGCCCUGGAUGACAGAAUAUCCUUUUCCCCGGACUCUGUUCUAGAGCCUAGCAUGUCUAGUCCCUCUGACAUAGACUCAUUUUCACAAGCAAGUAAUGUCACUUCUCAGUUACCUGAAUUCCCAAAAUAUCCUUCACACCCAAAAUCUUCUCCUGUGGACUCUUGGAAAAAUCAGACAUUCCAAAAUGAAAGUAGGACCAGUUCUACGUUUCCAUCAGUAUAUACCAUUACUAGUAAUGAUAUCUCGGUCAACACUGUAGAUGAAGAAAACACUGUCAUGGUUGCUUCGGCCUCAGUCAGUCAGUCCCAGCUUCCAGGUACAGCCAACAGUGUCCCAGAAUGCAUUUCACUGACUUCCUUGGAAGAUCCUGUGAUAUUGUCUAAGAUUAGGCAAAACCUGAAGGAAAAGCAUGCUCGACACAUAGCAGAUCUUCGAGCUUAUUAUGAAUCAGAAAUAAAUAGUUUGAAGCAGAAGCUGGAGGCAAAAGAAAUCUCUGCAGUUGAAGAUUGGAAGAUAACCAAUCAAAUUCUUGUAGACAGAUGUGGCCAGUUAGAUAGUGCUCUGCAUGAAGCUACUAGUCACGUGAGAACACUUGAAAAUAAGAAUAACUUACUGCAAAUUGAAGUGAAUGAUUUGAGAGAACGUUUCAGCGCAGCCAGCGGUGCUUCCAAAAUUUUGCAGGAACGAAUUGAGGAAAUGAGAACAAGCAGUAAAGAAAAAGACAAUACCAUCGUUCGACUAAAAUCUAGACUGCAGGAUUUAGAAGAAGCAUUUGAGAAUGCUUACAAACUCUCAGAUGAUAAAGAAGCCCGACUAAAACAAGAGAACAAAAUGUUUCAAGAUCUUUUAGGAGAGUAUGAGUCUCUUGGAAAAGAACAUGGAAGAGUAAAGGAUGCAUUAAAUACAACCGAGAACAAAUUGCUUGAUGCAUAUACUCAGAUUUCUGAUUUGAAAAGAAUGAUUUCAAAACUUGAAGCUCAGGUCAAGCAAGUAGAACAUGAAAAUAUGUUAAGCCUUCGUCAUAAUUCUAGAACUCACGUGAGACCCUCGCGUGCCAGCACACUAGCAACUUCAGACGUCAGUAGGCGGAAGUGGCUGAUUUCAGGUGCAGAAUACUCCAUCUUUACUGGCCAGCCUCUGGAUACCCAGGACAGUAACGUGGAUAACCAGCUGGAGGAAACCUGUAGCCCUGGGUACCAUUCACCUCCAGAAAAGGAUUCUUCACCUGGAAGUUCAUCAACAAGCUUGUUGAUAAAAAAGCAAAGAGAGACUUCAGAUACGCCGAUCAUGAGAGCUUUGAAAGAAGUUGAUGAAGGAAAAAUAUUUAAAAAUUGGGGGACACAGACAGAGAAAGAGGACACCUCAAAUAAAUUAGUAAAUCCUCGGCAAACUGAAAGUUCAGUCUUUGCAAGUCGUUCUCCAGAAAAGUGUGCCCAACAGAGACAAAAGAGACUUAAUUCAGCCUCACAGAGAUCAUCAUCUUUACCACCUCCAAAUCGUAAAUCAAGUACUCCAACAAAAAGAGAGAUUAUGCUAACACCAGUGACGGUGGCUUAUAGUCCAAAGCGAUCCCCUAAAGAAAACUUGUCCCCAGGAUUUAGUCAUCUGCUUAGCAGAAAUGAAAGCAGUCCAAUUCGAUUUGAUAUACUUUUGGAUGAUUUAGAUACUGUUCCUGUGUCAACAUUACAACGUACCAAUCCAAGAAAGCAACUCCAGUUUCUUCCUCUAGAUGACUCGGAAGAGAAAACAUAUUCUGAGAAAGCCACCGAUAACCAUGUUAAUCAUAGCUUUUGCCCUGAACUGUUGCCAAAUGGAGUGAAGAAAGUAUCUGUGAGAACUGCCUGGGAGAAGAAUAAAUCAGUUAGCUAUGAACAGUGUAAGCCGGUUUCAGUAACUCCGCAGGGGAAUGAUUUUGAAUAUACAGCAAAAAUUAGGACCCUAGCUGAAACAGAACGAUUUUUUGAUGAACUUACAAAAGAAAAGGACCAGAUUGAGGCAGCACUAAGCAGGAUGCCUUCUCCUGGAGGACGAAUCACUUUACAGACAAGAUUAAAUCAGGAAGCCUUGGAAGAUCGUUUGGAAAAGAUUAACCGAGAACUGGGUUCAGUUCGCAUGACGCUAAAGAAAUUCCAUGUUUUGCGCACCUCUGCAAAUCUUUGAGAUCUGUAGCCAUUAAAUUUUGAGAUGUUUUUGUUUGCACUAAUGUAUAAUUAUGCAGUCAGAAAAGGCAAACUAUUUUGUACUGUUUAUAGGCCUUCAAACAGUAGUUUUACAAUCAUGCUAUUCUUACACUUGCUAUUUUAUACUUCAAAUGGCCACAUAUUUUCAAGAUAUUUUUGUUAUGCUCAGGAAUCUCUUGUAUAUUUUACUAUUUAAAAAGUAUUAUUUUUAAAUAGUAUAUGUCUCCAAUUUAUAUCAACAAGAAAAUGUAAGCAGGGGAGGCAGCUUGUUUCUAAACAAAUAGUGUUAUCCUUUUACAAUUAACUUUGCACACCAAUUUUAUAAACUUGUUCUACAUUGUAAAUACAGUUCAUUUUUUAAAAAUAAAGCUUAAUAGCGUCCGUAAUGAUAGACUAUUAGAUGUUGAAUCCAUAAAAAAACAAUUACAGUGUAUCUUAGAUUUCAGUUGUGUUGAGGUUUUUAAAAAAUGAUAAUGGGAUUCCUAUUUGAAACACGUCUUAGAGUGAAUGUCAGUCAGCAUAGUAAUAAUGGACUAUUGGAAAGGUUUGAAAACUGUGAAUGUAACUUAUUUUGUUUUCUUUAAACUUUAUUGUUCAUAAGAAAAAUGAGAGGGAUUGUAAUUCUCUAAUUUUAUCUUUCUAAAAAAGUUAAACAAUUGGAGAGGCAUAUAGCUCUCUGGCCAUUGUUCUGAAUUAACUUGUAUCCCACCCUGGACAAUAAAUGGACAGAUAAACCCUUUGAAAUACAAGCCCACCACCCUGUGAGGGAUUAAGAGAGCAGCCUGGUUUUCUUAGCAUGCAUGACUUCAGCUGUCCGUCAGAGUUGUCAUCUGGACAUGUUCACCCCUUUCCAGGCCCUUUCACCCUGGCCAUAAAGAGAAACAAAUACUUCCAUUGUAGGUGCUGUAAGAACACUAUGCUUUAGAUCAUCACAAUCUACUCUGUUUGUUAAUGGACAGGGAGUGUGUCUGGAUGGAGCCUGGUGCCUUCCCCUUGGCUUUGCAGAGGGCCCCAGCCCACUGCCUCUGGUAGCCACUGGCUCUCAGAAGUAGUGUGUGGGCAGGAGGCUCUCCUCUGAUCCAGGAGCUUUGGCAGGUUUGUGUUGGGACUGCUGGUUAAAUUGGAGCUGUGUAGCCAUAAACUUUUUGGCAGCCAGUUGGAAGAACACCAGUGCCCCACAUAUUCAUUCCAGCUCAGUACAUGUUGAUAAACAAAUUCAUCCAAACUUUCAAAGUGAAUUCAUACUAAACAUGCUCAUGUUUUAAAUUUUGGUUUGCUUUUGAGCUUUUCCUUCUUAUGUGGCUCUUAAUAAUAAAUGAUUAGACUGAACCAAGCCAUCUCAGUUAUUCCAAGCAGGAUCUCAAAUGAUCUUUGAGUGCCCUUCACCUGAGUUUCACCACAGCCCUGCUCCCUUCUUAGCAAGGAGGGCAGCCUGUCUUUGCUCCCUACUCUUGCAACUUUUGAAGACUUCAGGCUAAUCAAAAUUACUUAUAAUUAGAAUCAAGUGCCUUUAUUUAUUUAUUUUUUUAAGACAGAGUUUUGCCCUUGUUGCCCAGGCUGGAGUGCAAUAGAGCAACCUCAGCUCACUGCAACCUCUGCCUCUUGGGUUCAAGCAAUUCUCCUGCCUCAGCCUCCUGAGUAGCUGGGAUUAUAGGCACCUCCCACCACGCCAAGAUAAUUGUGUGUGUGUGUGUGUGUGUGUGUGUGUAUUUUUUUUUUUUUAGUAGAGAUAGGGUUUCACCAUGUUAGCCAGUCUGGUCUCAAACUCCUGACCUCAUGUGAUCCACCCAUCUUGGUCCCCCAAAGUGCUGGGAUUACAGGCAUAAGCCACUAUACCCAGUCUAUUCUUGGUAUUCUUUAUUCUUGGUUUUCUAGCCUUAAAAAAAAAGUCUAGUCAUGGUUAAAAAAACAUUCAUUUUAAUAAAGCUCUGGUACAGCUCGUGUCAGGACCUAGUAAGACCAGCUUUAAUAUGUUCCUGGACAUGACAAAAACAAUUUUUAGGAUAUUCCCUUGUUCUCUACUUUUAUUGUAAAGUCUACUACAUUCUUAAGAAUAAAAAAAAAAAUGCCAUUUCAGAAGAGAUGAUAGUUUUAUCUUGCAAAGGAAUUAUCUUCUUAGUAGCCUAUAUUGGCUUAUUCCAAAAAAGGCGUUAAGCUCCAUCAAAACACCUUCUGCGCCUCUCUCUCAGAAAGCAUAUGCUUUGAUAUUUGAAGUGUGUAAUAGAUUGGAACUAUCAGUCACUUAUUUUAAAAAAGUUUAUUUUUUCUUCAUAGCUGUGAAGAGGAAAACCAAGGAAAAUUCUUUCUGCUGUCUUUCCCUUUGGUAAUGCUUAUCUUACGAACACUCAACUGAAAAAAAAAACACUCAAAAGUAGGAAAGAUGGCAGUUUGAAAUAGCAGCUAUUAUUCCAGGGAAGUAAACUAUUUUUGUUGUUGGUUUGGGGCUGUGCUGCAGGUAUUAAUAGUAAAAAAAAAAAAAAAAAAAAAAAACCUAAGCAAAUCUGCCACUUCUGGGAAGUGCCUUCUAAAAUGCAAAUAGAAAGUGAACUCUCUCCUGAUGCCUGGAUCUGCCUCCUUCCUUUCCAUAUUUAAGCCUGUUUGCAGGAGCUACUCCUGAGGUAUGGAAAUGGCCUUUGGGACUGAAGGACUUUUCCAACUGAAGCAGCAGCAGAUAUAGCUUAAGUGCACAGCUAGGACUGUGCAGAGCUGGGCUCGAGACAAGAGAGGAGAGACUUGGAGCCAGAGAGACCUGGGUCACAUCCUAGCACAGGCCUGCCUUCCUCAGCUGUAAGAUGAAAUAAGAAAACUCCUUUCAUUAAGGAAACUUUUGUAAAGUGCCUGGUACUUAGUAAGUGCUCAAGAAAUACUACAUUUCACAUUCAUUGAGUUAAUAGGUUUUGAGGGAGCAUACCCCUUUUUUUUUUUUUUUUGAGAUAAAGUCUAGCUCUAUCUGUUGCCUAGGCUGGAGUGCAGUGGUGCAAUCUUGGCUAAGUGCAACCUGUCUCCCUGGUUCAAGCCAUUCUCCUGCCUCAGCCUCCCCAGUAUCUGGGAUUACAGAUGUGCAACACCAUGCCCAGCUAAUUUUUGUAUUUUCAGUAGAGACAGGUUCUCACCAUGUUGGCCAGUCUUGAAUUCCUGACCUCAAAUGAUCCGCCCACCUUGGCCUCCCAAAAUGUUGGGAUUACAGGCGUGAGCCACCGAGCCCAGCCUUGAGGUAGCAUACUUUUUAAAAUAAAGUAGAUUAUGUCCCAAGUAGUUGACUUAAAAACUGCCUUGGACUGACAUUUCUGUUUGCUGGUCUAAGAUGUUCUCUUCAUCCUUUGCAAAAAACAAACUUUUUUUGGAGUUUAAAUUGAGCCUUCCCUCUGGUGUGUGUGGUUUUUCUUUUAAGGAUCAAAAACUUUAAAAACCUGUCAAGUGUAAGUUCAGAAAGCACUUUGGUCUUAAUUGGUGACUUGGGGGUUAUUUGAUAUAGAUAUAGGUGUUCUGUUUUCCUAAAAGUUAUUGCCAGUAUCCUCCAAAUAAUUGCCCCUUCUAAAGGUGAUGGUCUGUGAGCAGAACCACACAUAGGAAGUGCCUCCCAGUGGGCAUUAGGAGAUGUACGUGGAGCCUAGGACUUAGUCUGUGAUAGCCAACCAGAAAGUGUCCCCUUCUAACCCAGAAAAGCCACGUGCUUUGCUGGAUGGUGUUUGAAUUCUGAACUUUGCACCUACAUAUGUAGUAAAAGCAGGCACUUGUCACUUUAAUUUUAAGAGAUCUCAGAAGUUUUUGCUGGAUUUCAGUGUGUCACUUGUGCUAUGAGUCUUUAAGAAGCUUUAAAAAAUAAAUGCAUACCUGUAGCCUUUUAGGAUUCAUACAGGUAGAUUAUAUUUACCUGUCAUGAGGGACAGGUAAAUGGCUGACAGUUUCAGGUUUGAUUAAACCCACUAUAUUGCACAAAUUUUGCUGGAAAUAGUUUCCUGCCCUGCCAAGAGUUCUGUGGUAGUUUGAUAAUAAACUACCCCAGUAUUCUUAGGAGCUGUGUGAGUUACCAAGUCUUUUCUGCCUGAUUUGUGCUUUAUUUCCAUAGACCCCUCAGAUAUGUGAGGAAUAAAGCCAUAAAUGUGCAUUUGCUGGACAUUAUAUACCAUGUCAUCUCUAGGACUACAGAUUUCAAGGAUAAUUUUUCCUCACAUCUAACAAUUUCACUGUAACAGUGACCGAUAAUGUGAAACAUGUGCUUUUCACCGUGCUGCUGGUGGGUAGACAAGCGCUUGCUGCAGUCGUCUCUGAAUCUAGGCAGAUCCUAGAGUCACCAGGCUGUGAGCUCCGCGGGAGCAGGGACCAUCUCUCUCUCUUGCACCAUAGGCACUCAAUAAAUACUCGAGGCUGU